GAGCUCGCUCUCUGAUUGGUGGAGAGUGUGAGAACCUUCAUCCAGAGCUGGACUCACACAUUGACAUGGAGAUGUGGGACUAUAAAAGGAGGGAUGAAGCCAGCAGAGAUCACAUUCUCUCUACAGAGACCUCUACAGCACACAGAUCCAGACAUGGCACCUACAGCCACUGCAGCACUCAGCACUUCUCAGGAGCACCUGACUCUCAGCCACAAGCUCAGAAAACCUCUGGUGGAGAAGUUACGCAGAGAGAGAAUCAACAGCAGCAUCGAGCAGCUCAAGUCUCUCCUGGGUCCAGAGUUCCUCAAACAGCAGCCAGACUCCAAACUGGAGAAAGCAGACAUCCUGGAGAUGACCGUUUGCUUCCUGAGCCAGCUGCAGCAGAAGAGCCAACAACAAGGAAGACUGCUGAAGCACUUCCACAAGCUUCAGUCCUCCUCUGAGAAGAAGCUGGGAGAGAUGGACUUCUCUCCUCUGAGCUCCACAGUCCAGACCAGCGUCAGCACAGAGAAGGGUCCAAGCGACAGCGCCCCCUGGAGGCCCUGGUAGACACCCAGACUGGAGCGCUGAGAUGACCAUAUUGGUCAGAGAUGAUGCACUGAACUCUGGGAAAUGUUCUUCAUUGGUACUUCUGAAUGUUCAGAAGGAACUUUCUGAUGAUGUUUGUGGAGGAAGUGACAUCACUGACCUCUUUCAAGUGAA